GCGCUCCGACACAAGCAGCAUCAUGGCGGACCCGACGCUGCGGCUGUCCGGCAUCGUCUUCUCCUCGCUGGCGCUCCAGCACGUGAACCGGGACUCCGACGUGGAGGGUCUGAUCCUGGGCGAGAGCCGGUUUGAGGAGCAGGUCACCAUCAGCGACUCUCAGGCCGACCAGAUCCACAUCGAGGAGAUCUACAAUGUCCAGAAGCACAUCAGCUGCCUCCACCUGAACCUCUUCUACAACAGUGUUGGGGACGUGGACGUUGGCUCUGUGAACAGAAUCCUGGCCGACAAUCAGCAGGCGAACGUGAUUGGCUGGUACAAGCAGCGCAGGAACUCGGCUCAGCAGAUGAGCUUCAGGGAGAAGCUGCUGCACGAGAACCUGAAGGCGUCUCUGGAGAACCCGCACAUGGUGUUCCUGCUGCUGACGCCCAGCUGCUCCACCCCCACAGGCUCCACCCACAAGAUGGAGUACGCCGCCUUCAUCUCGCGCAGCAGGCGCUUCCUGAAGGUGCCCGUGCUCCUCAACAACCUGGGGGUCCUGGAGCAGCUCGCCUACUGGAGGGCGUCGGCGCCGUGCGCUGCGGCCGGGUUCCACCGCGCCACCAGCACUCACAGCUCCAGGUUCUUCUCCUCCAGCGGGCCCCUGAGGGCCGUGAGCGACGUGAACGCCAUGAACGACUCGCUGCAGCUGGAGCUGCAGGAGGCGAGCAGGAAGCUGGAGCAGAGUGAGCGUCUGGUAGAAACUUUGCAGUCGGAUGUUUCGGCUCUCAGGAGGAAACUCAGCGAGAAGAAAAAGAGUGACGCAGGAAACGGUGGCCCGGUGGACCAGGUCCUCCACGAGGCCUUCAGGGCCGUGCUGAGUUGUCCUCUGUGUCACACACACACACACACGUUGACCCUGGAGGCGUUUCCUGUUCCUGGCGUCUCCCAACAGGAAGUGGACGAUGGGACGAGCGCUCCUGAAACGGCGUCCCCAAUGCGUCCCGGCAGGAGAGCAGGGGGGACGCUGGUGGGGACGGACAGGAAGCGCCGGAGGAGCCCUUCAGAAUAAAAUGUUUCACAUGUUCAUGUUCAGAUUAACUCUUUAUAAACCGCUCCAGAUUCUUUAAAUCAUUUGUUCUUUUUUCAUUCAUAGAAAAUAUGAAAGUAUAAAGUGACGAUAAUAAGAACCUUUAAUAAACACUCGUCGUCUUUAAUAUUCA